CCAGCACAGUAACGGUCUCAGCAACAAAGCUUGGUUGCUUCUGCUAUAUAUACCCACACUCACUUCCUUUCGUCCUCAUUUCACCUUGCCUAGGGUUCUCGAUCUGGUUCCUCGCAGAAAACUCAGCCUGGGAGCAGCAGCAAGAUGGGUGGCAACUCCCCUUGCGCCUCAUGCAAGCUGCUACGGAGACGCUGCACCAAAGACUGCAUCUUUGCUCCCUACUUCCCUUCCGACGACCCACACAAAUUCGCCAUCGUCCACAAGAUCUUUGGUGCCAGCAACGUUAGCAAGAUGCUGCAGGAGCUCCCGGUUCAUCAGCGAGCGGACGCCGUCGGCAGCCUGGUCUAUGAAGCCACAGCGAGGAUGAGAGAUCCAGUGUAUGGAUGUGUUGGGGCGAUCUCUUACCUGCAGAACCAAGUGUCUCAGCUCCAGAUGCAGCUCGCUGUGGCCCAGACCGAGAUCCUUUGCAUCCAGAUGCAGCAGGAACCCCCCUUGGCCGAGCAGAAGAUGGAGGCUGAUGACAAGUCCUUUGUGAUCAACAACAACCUCACUGCCAUGCCUCAGCUGCUGAACUAUGCCUCCUCUAGUAAUGUAGCUCAGGAUCCUCUCAAGAGAGAGUUUCUCUGGACCUGAUCCUUGUUUCUGGUUUUGUUUUCUUCCAUGUCACUUUUCUUCUUUUUUUUUUUUGUUUUGCCAUGAAAGAGACUCAGAUAGGAACAUCUUGACUUGACAGAUUAGGUCUAAGAUGACUUCU